UAUUCAAAUUGCUAACUUGACAAAAACAUGAGAUGUUUUCCGUGUUUUUCGUCAAAAGAAAAUAGACGAUCAAGGAGAUAUGCAAGUCGUAGAGGGAGAAGCCCGCUUGUACACAAUUCUCCUCCCUGCGAACCUCCUCCUCCUCCUCCUGAGAAUCAAAGAAGGGUUCCUUCAGAAGUCAAGACUCAUAAACCUGCUACCCCUAACAGAACAGGCAAUGAGGCUACCAAUAAUCAGGCUGCCGUAAAAACAGCAGAUGGCAGCAAUAUUGCAGCUCAAACUUUCACUUUCCGAGAGCUAGCUACCGCUACAAGGAACUUCCGACAAGAUUCACUCAUUGGUGAAGGUGGAUUCGGGCGAGUUUACAAGGGAAAACUCCCUAAAACGGGCCAGCUUGUGGCUGUGAAGCAACUGGAUCGCAACGGGUUGCAAGGAAAUCGUGAAUUUUUAGUAGAGGUUUUGAUGUUGAGCCUUCUUCAUCAUCAAAAUUUGGUGAGUCUUAUAGGAUAUUGUGCAGAUGGUGAUCAAAGACUUCUUGUGUACGAAUACAUGCCUGCAGGUUCACUGGAAGAUCAUCUACUCGAUCUUCCGCGAGGGAAAGCACCACUACCUUGGUUCACAAGGAUGAAAAUUGCAUUAGACGCUGCAAAAGGUCUAGAAUACUUGCACGAUAAAGCUAGCCCGCCUGUUAUUUACCGUGAUUUGAAGUCUUCUAACAUCUUACUUGAUCAAGAUUUCAAUGCCAAGCUGUCAGAUUUUGGGCUAGCCAAGCUUGGCCCUGUAGGGGACAAUUCACAUGUGUCAACAAGAGUGAUGGGCACAUACGGAUAUUGUGCACCUGAGUACCAAAGAACGGGUCAACUAACUGUGAAAUCCGAUGUUUACAGCUUUGGAGUCGUCUUGUUGGAGCUCAUCACUGGGAGAAGAGCCAUUGAUCCAAAUAUGAGAAUUAACGAGCAAAAUCUUGUUUCAUGGGCAGACCCAAUAUUCAAGAACCCCCAACGGUUCACAGAACUAGCUGACCCAUUAUUAAAAGGAGAUCACCCUGACAAAGGUUUGAACCAAGCAAUAGCAGUUGCAGCCAUGUGUCUCAAUGAGGAUUCAUCGGUUCGACCAUUGAUGAGUGACGUGGUUACAGCUCUUAGUUUCCUUGGAGAUGGAAACGACACGAUAGAACUAAUAGAUUCUCCCUCUGAACCAUCCCUAUCUCGACUUCCCUCUAUCAAUAAACAGGACAAGGCGUCUACUAGUGAUAGAGAAAGAGCAGUGGCAGAAGCCAUGGAAUGGGGUGCACGUUCUAGGACCGGUGUAAUGUCAAGAUCAAUGCGGUAGAUCCAUCCACUUUAUAAUGAACUGUUUUAAGAGCAAUUGUCAAAACGGCUUGAUCCAAUGCUUCAAUACAGUUUUGAAUACACGAAUUAACGAGAAAAUAGAUCAUUCGAUCAUGAAAACCAUUGCUACCCAUGUGAGUUAUAGACUGUUUUUCGAGUCAGUUUUGAGUGUAAAUAUGUGAUUGUGUUUUGAACUGAGUUUGGUGUAUGAUCAUCUUUCAA